AUGCCACGACUCCAAGCCAAGGUCGAAGGCAAGGGUAAUGGUAUCAAAACUGUUAUCGCAAAUAUGACCGAGAUUGCAAAAGCUCUUGAACGUCCUCCGACAUAUCCGACGAAAUAUUUUGGUUGUGAGCUAGGUGCGCAAACGAACUUUGAUAUGAAAAACGAGAGAUUCAUAGUGAAUGGUGAGCAUGAUGCGAACAAACUACAAGAUAUUCUGGAUGGAUUCAUCAGAAAAUUUGUGUUGUGUGCUGCAUGUGACAACCCGGAAACUACUCUUAUUGUACGCAAAGGACAAAUACACAGUAAGUGCAAGGCUUGUGGAAAUUCGUCGAUUAUCGAUGGUAAACAUAAACUGUCAACAUUCAUCAUGAAGAAUCCACCGAAGAAUAAUAACGAGUCGAGCAGAGAGAAGAAGGACGGAAGUGAGGAUAAUCUGAUUGAUGGUGGAGAUAAUGUGGCUAGCGAUAAGGAUGUGAAUGGAAGUGGAUCGGAUGAAGUGGAUGAGGAUUGGGCAGAGCCGAACGAGGAGGAGUUGGGUUUGAAUCAGGUGUCAUCGCAGAUCGGUAAACUGAUCAUCAGCAAAGAUCUGGAGAAGUCGAUCGAGGAGAGACUCGACAUGCUGCAUCAGUUCUUCAUCGACGCGAAACGCAACGGAACUAUCAAUGAUAGCAAACGUCUGCUGGACGAGGCAGAACGUCUCGAGUUGAAAUCCAAAGCGACAAUAUUACUGGCGAAUGUGCUGUUCGAUACGAAUGUUGUUGCGCAGAUCAAGCAGUACCGCAAUCUGCUGCUAAGAUUCACUCUAGAUGAUCAUAAGGCACAACGUCAUCUGCUGGGUGGUAUCGAGCAGUUGAUAAACGAACACUCAGAACAACUACUGCCCAAGUCAGCACAUAUCAUCAAAGCGUUGUAUGACAAUGAUGUGGUCGAAGAGGAGGUGCUUCUCAAUUGGGGAGAACGACCGAGCAAGAAGUAUGUGAAGAAGAAGUUCUGCGAGGAGAUAAUAAAUAAAGCGAAGCCAGUGUUGGAGUGGUUGAAGAAUGCAGAGGAGGAUGAGAGCAGUGAGGAGGAUGAGGACGAGGAUGCUGUUCAGUUCGAUGAUCGUGCACGUCGCGUUGGAACGAUCGAAACGAACAACGGUCACACGAAUGAUCACUCGGUGAAGAAAGAUGAUCAAAUCAAAAUCAAAUCUGAAAACGGAGACGAGUUAAAUAUCGAUGAUAUUUAA